AUACGACGACGGGUCUUUGUUGACACUAUAACGGGCAGAGUGUGUGAGUUAAGUUAGAAGAUUUUGUGUGUAAUUGUUUGUUAUCGACAACAAAAAUAAAGUUUAAUUUUAGUAAAAGAAAGAUAGAAAUGGCACUGAGACCGAGCAGUGAGCUAUGGAAUUAUUUUACCAAUAUAGUGGAGGAGGGCAUGGCAGAGUGUAAAAUGUGUAAACAGCGUUUGAGAAACAAUCGUAGUUACAAUUUAAAGUUACACUUGAAAAAAGUCCAUAAUAAUAGAGGCGAAAUCAACAAGUACUUUGACGUCUUUGUUCAAGAAAAUCUAGCAGUUUGUAAAACAUGCAAUCAACGUCUAAAGAAUCGUCUUUGCAAUUUGAGAUUGCACAUGCGUAGAUUACACAAUAUAGAAGUAAAAUUGCCAGAAGAUCAACCCCCAGAACAACCACCCUCACCACAGCCCUACGAUGAAGAUCAAAUCAAAGCGGUGCUAAAAGUAGCAAAGCGUAAGAUGAAAGAACAAGUGGGCAAUGAGGAGAAAAAGCCAAUACGCCGUUUGUAUAUAAAAAUGGAUAAACAUACUAUAAUACGCAGCGUAAUUGGUUUGAUAGUUGAAGAUGGUUUAUCGCCGCAUAUUAUUAGCUCGAAAAACUUUGACUCGAUAUUGCGACCCAUGUGUGAGGCCAUAUCCGAUAAAGAGGGUAAAGAAUUUAAUGUAAACGAGGCUGAGAUCGAAAGAAUCAUUAAUCUAAUGGCUAAUUAUGUGCGCAAAGACUUCUCCAAUGACUUGCACAGUCGUUUGUUGUCCAUCAAAAUCGAUACGGAUCUACAAGCUUCGCCUAAGACUUUUUGUGUCAGUGCCCAAUUUAUCAACGACGGCAUGAUACAAACACACGCUUUAGGUAUAAUUGAUCUGAAAGAUGAUGAUGCCAAUAAUUCGCAACUAACGGAGGAGCAUAUAAAACAAGUCUUAUAUAAAUAUAACAUUGAUACCAAUCAAAUAAUAGGUGCCUUCUGGAACAAUACCAAGCAAAAAUGCCAUAAGCAAGUAAAAAACUCGGAAUAUUUAAAAGAAAUUGAACAAUUUGCCACAUAUCCCGAAAUUUAUUUGGGAGAUGUUAAGCUGGAGUGUUAUAUGGGUAUCACAGCUCAACUUUGCCUAUUGGAUAUUUUCAAAAAUUCCCGGAUAUUGCAACAAUUUUUGAUGUGUCGUAAUUUUGCCAAAUUUCUUAGUGAAGAAUCCAAUGGUUAUUAUGAAUUAUUUGAGAAAAAUAAAUUAAACAUUCCUAAAAUAGAUUCUCCCUGGAAAUGGGGUUCUACCUAUCAAAUGAUACAGGAUUUGCUGGAUGCUCGUGCCCUCUUGAAAGAUGUAAAAUUCGAAAGUUUCGAUAACACCGAAGAUCAGUUUAAAGCCACCGACGAGUUGUGGUCAUUCAUUGAAGCCUUUAGCAAAGCUAUAAGUUAUUUGCAAAAAUCCAUAUUAAAGUAUAGUACCGAAGACUUGCAUAUGGGUGACUUCUAUGCCCAAUGGUUAAAAUGUAAACUUUUGACCGAAAAACUUCUAACGGCUAGUAACAAAGAAAACGAAAUGUUAUCGUUGAUUUUGACAGAAGUGUUAAAAAAUAUAGAGAAAAGAACAAAGGAAUUACUAAGCCAAGAUCGUUUUGCUGCCAGUAUAUACUUGGAUCCAAGAUUUCAGCGUACACUUGAGACGGAACAAAAUUCUAAUGCUGCGGAAUAUCUAAAAAAGUUGUGGCGUCGUGCAAAACUUUAUAGCGUUGACGAUGUAGAAUCCAUGGAAACUUCAGUUCAAAUGUUUGACGAUGAUGAAGAUGCAUUCUUGAAUGAAUUUUUAAGUCAUGAUAUACCAGAAAAGGAUAAUAGAACCAGUGAUGUUUAUCAAAAGAUUGAAAAACUUAAAUUAGCAUUCCAAAUGGUGGAUACAAAUGUUCUAUCAUUUUGGCAAGGUCAGAAAGCAAGUCAGCCUGAAGUACAUCUGUUAAGCACAAUCUGUUUUGCCAUACCAGCUACAGAGAAUUACCACAAACAACGUUAUUCUCAUCUCUAUCGUUUAGAUGUUAAUUCAAAACUAUCUUCAUUUACCAAAGAAAAUCUCUUAAUUGUUCGCCUAAAUGCCCAUCUUUUAGAUGAUGCACUUUCUCAGUUUCAACUCUUCAAUGAUGCUCGUUCAAAUACCUCUACGUUAUCGGAAUUAAAUGGAUUUUCUGAGGAUGAUAACAGUAAUACCGCUUCGACACAUUCUGGCGUUAUGCCGACACCUUCAACUACUAAAUAAUUAAAAUUAUCAUUAUUUUAUUGUAUUAAAUACAAUAAACUGCUUUAAGCUUAAAUUAAAUAAUACAUUUAUUUACAUUCUGAAAUAGUAUUUUUUAUAACU